CUUUAGAGGGCACUGCUGCAGACCAAGGCACCGACAUUUCCUGAAGUUGGUCUGCAUGUCCCCCUGUAACGAGUCCUCUGCCUCAUCCCACUUCAGCUGAACCCCUCAACCUUUAUAGAAAAAGGAGACAAGCCCUGAAGUAUCCCACCAGGACCAUUAUCAUUUAGCCUGAGUCUGGAGCCUGCAGCCAAGAUGGCGCAGGAGUGCGGGGCGUGUGAGGACAUUUCUGGGCGUGUUGGAGGGUUGCACAUCACAGUGCGAAAGCAGUCGGAUGGUCGCGUGCGUCUGGAGUUGUGCAAAACGUGCAAGCUUUACCACUGUCCCUUCUGCCAGCCUUCGGUCUACAAGCCGAAAGCAGAAUAUGCAAAUGUUUGGACACACGUUGAAAUCCACAGAAUGAGGGCCUUGAAACAUGGAGAAUUCAAUAUCCAUGUUUGCCAGCUGAAGUGCAGACGAGAAAGACAUUUCCACUGUCCGUACUGUCCCAGGACGAUCAUGACCCGGAAACAUUUUGAAAGGCACAUGAACAAUUGUGUUGAGCUGCAAAGUUUGACACGUGUUAAGGCUGCAAUUCCGCCCUCGACUCCUGCUCAGCCCGUUCCUGCAGCAGGUCAGCGUGUCAUCCUCCUGGUCAACCUCGCUGCCCCUCUUCAGCAAACUGUCGUGAUGGGACAGAAUCCUGCUCCCCCUAAACCCUUUGUUAAAGCAGAGUCCACAUCAGGCCAGCCCCCUGCUCCCACUCAGACAAAAUCCACCUCAAGACAACCACCUGCUUCUUCUGAGCCUCCUGUUUCACCAACAUCAGGGCGCCCCCCUGGUCCACCUGAACCCCCUGCUCAGCCACAAUCAUUGGCAGAUAAGCGCCCUGUUGCACCUCAGUCAACCUCAGACAAGUCCCCUACUCCUCAAAAAUCCACACUCGGUCAGUGUCCUUCUCCAGCUGUCGUUCCCCCAGCUACAGCUUUCCAGCCUGCUGGUUUGCCUGACUUACCCGGUCAGCCUACAACCCCAGCGGUCCACUCCGCUUCUCCAACAGACAGCCCUAUGAAGCCACCAGGACAAAUACACGGCGCGGUACGGAGAAAAGUAAAAUGUCCGCUGUGCAACCUUUACUUAAACCCAAAGAAUCUGAGAAUACAUAAUCUCCGGAAACACUUAAUUUCUGAAAGGGACAUGACAGCCAAAAACCAUCUUAAGAGUCAGUGUAUUGACGCCAAUAACAGUGUGUAUGCUGUAGCAAAGGCGUACAAGGCCACUGCCGUACCUCUGCACGUCAUCAAACAGAGGUUAAGUAGCACAAACAACAUGAUGUGCGAAGAGGAUCGGUGCAAGAGCGUUUCGGAUUUUCGAAAGCGGAGCAACUUGCCCGAGAGCCAGUGUCCUCACCUACGCUCUGUUGAUUUCUGUUUAACUCGCGCAAACAGAGUCGACCUGAAACCAGAACUGCUGCAGGAACUGACCGUCGACAAACGCAUAGGAAAGGACAUGGCUGCCAAGUGCCUUAACUAUCGCGACAUAGCCUCUCAGAACGGAGCGCCGCUUGUCGCCCUUGUGGAUCUCGGUGGAAGUCAUUGCUUGUAUUUGUCUGUGUUUGAGCCAAACAUGUCCCAGUGCAGCAAAUUGGGUCGAUUAUUUGUGACCUUCACUCUAAAAGGACGGAUUUGGCAUUGUGUUUGUUCUCGAGGUAGGGUUCCCUGCUUGCACAGAUGUCUUGCCAAAUGGUUUCUUUUCCAAACCAAGAAAGAUUUACUAUCCUCUAAUGCGAAACAAGACGCACCCAUGAGCCCGUCUGAGCUGAUAGGUGACUCACCUGCGGAAACCUCCACUGGAGAGGAGCCUCUAAAACAGAUGGCGGCGUACAUUUACAACCAAAAGAAAUUGCCCAACAUGUUUCCAGGGGACAUCGACCAGUUGGAGCCUGAAACACGUUUUCCAAAGCAUUUGGUUCCAUCUGAAACAGUCUGCCAGGUGUGCCGGGGUGACGUCUUCUUAUCAGAACCGGUUUUGAUCACCAACAAAGCCAGAGUCAUAACUCUAACAGGAAUGACAGAAGAUAAUUCCACACUUUCCAGAAAGUGUCCAGACUGUCAGAUGGUCUACCGUUACCAGGAGUGGGGGGAGGGGCUUCACAACUACAACAACCACAUAAUCCUGAGUCUGCAGCUGUGCAUGCUUCUGCAAAACUCCAUCAAGAUUCACGCUGCUGAUGGUGGAGUGGAGGUGCUGGAACGGACAGUAGGUGUCAAGUCUUCAUGUGGCUUGGAGGUGCUUCAGGCGUACCUUCACUUUGAAGCUCUUACAAGUCACACCUGUCAGUCUGAGGUCAUGAUGGAUCUUUAUCGAAAAGGGGUUUUCAACAUGGCAGGGAUUGAGAUCAAGGACUUGCCUGAAUCCUUCACUGGAGAAGUAAAUGCAGACGACUUCUGGGGUUCAGCGUGCCUGGAGAUCAUAUCGAGCAGCCUGGAGGCUCGAAGUCCCGGCUAUAAAUCUAAGUUAGACGAUAAACUGAAAGAAGCUGCAGCGUCUGCCGUCUCGACCUCCUUCUCUCUGGCUGAAAGAAAGAGGCUAACUAAAGAAAGAACAGACGAGUGUCACAGAGCUGUGGCCAGAUUUCUUGUUAAGGGAUUACAUCCUGUGUCGACAGUAGAGUCACCGUGGUUCAGAGAGAUGACAGAAAUGCUGAACCCAAAGUACUGCCUGCCUUCCAGAGAUCAGCUCACAAACAAACUGAUUCCUUCAUGGUUCUCUGCAGAGAAAAAAAGUGUCAUCAGAGAGCUGCUGCACGUUUCUAAGGCUGCAUUGACGUGCGACUGGUGGUCAAGUGUUAACCGUGAUCAAUACAGGACAGUUUCUUUGCACUUCAUAACAAACGGCCAGAUGACGCAUAAAGUGCUGCGCACUAACCAGGUUUACGACGCUCAGGCAGACACAGCAGUGGCCGAGCAGGUAGCAGCUGUACUGAAGGAGUUUGGUGUCGGAGGCAAAGUUGUUGCCAUGACAGUGGAUAAUGCGUUCAGUGUGGACAGAGACAUAAAGAAACUGAAGUUCAGGAAGCUGAGAUGCUUUGCCCAAAUUCUCAACGGAGCAGCUCAGAAGGUUUACACCAGCAACACUUUGGUGCGAUGGGCAUCAAAGAUAAGAGCUGCAGUUGUGGGGAUGCAAAGUUCCUCAGCAGCUCAAGCUGUUCUGCACGAGAAGCAAAAGCUUUUGAAUCUACCACGACGCUCUUUAGCAAUCGAUGUCCAAGCACACUGGAACUCAUUGUACCUCAUGGUGGAGAGGUUUGUGGAGCAGUUUUCUGCCAUCCAGGCCGCCACAACAGAUCCCCGGAUCAAACCUUCUGUUGAGAAGAAGAGGCUGGAAACGCUCUCAGACGAUGAUUACUGGAAAGCAGAGGAGUUCAUUAGGACCAUGAAGCCCCUGUACACGUCUACUCUCUGUGUCUCAGCCGACAAGAAUCCGUCAUGUAGUCAGAUAUUUCCCAUCCUGAAAAAACUGGAGGCCCACUUUGAACCCGGGGACGAGGACUCUCUCUUCACAGCCACACUCAAGGAAAAAGUCUGGGCUGACCUGUCCGCAUGUUACAGGGAUGCUGCUACCUGGAAGUUCCUACAGGAGUCCAGCGCUAUGGAUCCAAGGUUCAAGAACAGCAUUGACUCAGAUGAGAUUUGGUCCAGAGUGAAAACGGCUGCGGUUAGGGCUGCAACCUUGAGAGAGGUUUCAAACUCAGAGGAACACAGACUUUUACACGAGGACAGUGAUGAAGAGUAUUCAAAUGAGUCUCUGCUUCCCAAAAGGCCGAGGCUAACUGCCCUGGAGGAGCUUUUUGAGGAGGAAGACAGAGCCCUAAAGAGCAGUGCAUCAGUGGAAAACACACUUUCAAUACCUGAAAGAGUCCAGCAAGAGAUACAGCUGUACAGGAAACUGCCUGCUAUACCCACAUCACAGGACGCUCUGGCCUGGUGGUGGGAGAGACGGACCACUCUGGCUCUCCUGUCCGAACUCUCUAACUCAUACCUCUGUGUGCAAGCGUCGUCUACUCCUGGGGAGAGAGUGUUUUCAACAGCAGGAGACACAAUGAGUCAGGAGAGGGCACACAUUCUACCAGAAAAGGUCGAUAUGCAGAUUUUUCUACAGAAAAACUGCUAAAACUAAGACAACCAAUACAUGCAACAUUAAAAUCCUGAUAUUUGCUGAUUACGUGUUCAACAGCAACAUUCACUGUAAUGCUAGUUAAAAGAUAUGUUCAUGCUUUAUCUAACAAUAAGCAUGAGUAAACACGUUUCCUUUAAAUAUAUAUGUAUAUAAUGUGAUAUUUUUGUUAUUGUGAAGUUCAUUUUUACAUCACAAAGAUGGCACACAAUAAAGUCUGUGU